AUGAUGGAUGAUAAAGAUAAACCUCUCGAAGUUGAACAUAGCUCCCAAGAAGAUAAUUCUCCAGCUCUAAUGGAUGGAGAUUCUGUUGAGAUAACGGAAGAGUUAUCACCGAGCCAACACCGAAGAUGGAGAGGCCUAGUGUCGGAUAUAGAAUCCAGAGCACACGAAGACGCUCAUGUCGAUUUCUUGAGAGCAAAUGGAUCUUUAACUCCUAGUCCUGUUUUCACAAGGUUCAAGUUCUCUCCAAUGUCAAGCCCUAGAAUUGGGAGACGUGUUGGAUCAAUGAGUCCUUCCUCGUCAAGAAGCAGAACGGACCUAAAGAAUCUCAUAAAUUUCAAAAAACGGAACAACAAUGUAGAUAUCGAGGAAGGUGUGGCUUUGGUGUUUGAUGACAGAGAUAAGAAGUCUCUCAUUCCAAGAACAUGGUCUCUCACUAAUCUCUUAACUCCUAGAAAAUACAAGAAGCCCGAGUCUUUACCGGUAACUCCUUUAGCUCACUCAAAUCCUGAGUCCAUGCACGGGAGCUAUGCGGUUGAUCAAGUCACUUCCAUGAAAAGAGAACGUGCACUUCCUAUUCACCGUUCGCGCUCUGUUCCAGCGCUCAUCGACAAAGAUGGAAGUGUAAAACAGUUAGGGGUUCUCCGUGUGAUUCCUACUCCAUCUCGUAGGGAUCAUGAAGGUCUAGAGAUGGUGCAGGCAUCGAAAAUGAGUAAACUCAACGAUGAAAUUGUUGAUGGAGGAGAAGAUGUACCCGAAGAGGAAGCUGUGUGUAGAAUCUGUAUGGUGGAAUUAGGAGAAGACUCGGAGGCUUUCAAGAUGGAAUGUAUGUGCAAAGGGGAACUAGCUCUUGCCCACAAAUCGUGCACGAUUAAAUGGUUCACAAUUAAAGGGAACAUAACAUGUGAUGUGUGUAAGGAAGAGGUGANAAAUCUCCCCGUGACUCUUCUUCGUGUUCAGGAGUCUCAGGAACCGUCUAGAGCAGCCAGGAAUAUGGAGCUUUCACAGUUCAAUGAAUGGCAAGAUGUGCCAGUUCUUGUCAUUGUAAGCAUGCUUGCAUACUUCUGUUUCCUCGAGCAGCUUCUGGUUAUGCAAAUGAAAUCUAGCGCUGUUGCAAUAGCUUUACCGUUCUCUUGCAUUAUCGGUCUUCUUGCAUCUAUGACAUCAACAGCAAUGGUGAAGAAGAACUAUGUGUGGAUCUUCGCAACGGUUCAGUUCUUUUUCGUGGUCCUUGUCGCUCAUAUUUUCUACUCAGUUGUUAAGCAGCCAGUUAUGUGCAUUGUCUUAGCCACUAUGAUCGGAUUCGGACUCACCAUGACCGGCGCAACAGCGAUUAGCGAAUAUAUGAAAUGGAGGAGAAACAAUGCUCACGAGCCAGCCGAGCCAGCAAGCACUCAGGUCGGUCCACCACAGGCUCAGACAAUAGACUAG